CGGUGUUUGGAAGUCUCGCCAACGUACUUGGAUGUUUGGAAGACAGACUGCCCCAAAAUCUGCCUCCUACUAUUAGGGAAUACGAUUUCAUGCCCAUAGAGAUCAGAUACGGCCUUCUUCAGCUGACAGAAGGGUUGUCUUUUCUUCAUUAUUCCUGUAAACUUAUCCACCGGAACAUCUGUCCUCAGUCUGUAAUUAUCAAUAAACGUGGGACGUGGAAACUGGCGGGAUUAGAAUUCACUGAGAAGUGUGAUGACACAAGCACCAUGAAUUCCGUACCUUGUCAGCCAUUCACCUCUAAACUACCCAAGAUGGCCCAACCGGAUCUUGAUUUUACAGCUCCAGAAGUCCAGAUGUCGUCCACGUGCUCACCGUACAGUGACAUGUUUUCAUUGGGACUACUGGUCUGCUCCAUCAUGAACAAUGGUCGCUCACUUAUUGAAGCCAAUUUAAGCUCCAGCACUUACAGCAAGCAGCUGGAUUUACUAGAACAGAAUUUGCACGAUAUUCUGGACAGAGUACCGUACCAUCUACAAGAGCCACUCCAAAGUCUGUUAAACAUUGAUCCCCGAAGACGACCAAAUGCUCAGAAUUUUUCAAUGAUCAAGUAUUUCAAUGAUCCUUCAAUCCAUGCACUACAGUAUUUGGAUGUCAUCCAAAUGAAGGAUUCAACGCAUAAGUCUCACUUCUACCACAGUCUAAAGGGGGCGCUGCCAAACAUCCCAAGGAAACUUUGGUAUCAGCACGUUUUGCCAUCUUUACAAUCUGAACUACAGUCUCCAGAGGUGUUAGCUGCAGCUCUGCAACCUUUGAUGUUUAUAAUAGAAGAAAGCACAGCAGACGAGUACCAGACGCUAAUUCUUCCUAUGUUCCGAAGUGUAUUCGGAAUGCCUAAAUCGGUUCAGGCUACAGUUACUCUCCUAGAAAACUUGGAUAUAAUUAUGAGAAAGACGCCAAAGACUGAUAUCAAAACGGAUGUCUUACCUAUGAUGUAUACUGCUUUUGAUUCAACGACACCCCAAAUCCAAAGUGCUGCCCUCUACGCACUUGCUCAGGUAGCGGACUUCUUAGAAGAAAAUGCUGUUAGAAAAAUGAUUCUUCCACGAACCAAACAGGUGUUUGAUAGCCACAGCGGAACAAAGGUUCAGGCCAACGCUCUAAUCUGCAUUGAGAAAGUCAUAGACAAGCUGGAGAAAACGGACAUCUUAGACGAGGUACUUCCAAUGCUAAACAAAGCCAGACUUCAAGAUCCAACGAUUCUGAUGCCAGUAGUGAGAAUUUACAAGCACAUGCUCGGAGACAAACGGUAUGGAUUGACCGUUAAUCAUCUAGCCUCAAAGGUCAUGCCUACCCUCAUACCAGUGGUCGUGAGUCCGGGACUUAACUUAAACCAGUUCAAUUGUCUGGUGGAGCUUCUUCAAGAAAUGUUAAACUACGUUGGCAAGAGUCAGAAAAACAAGUUAAAGUUAGAGAAACUUUCCAUGGCCUCUAUGGAAAAUCAUAAUAUAGAGCAGACCACUGGUUAUCCGCAUCGUCCUCCAUGUUUAAGAUUGGAAUCUCGACGAACCUCCAUAAGUAUGGACGACGUAAUCAGACAAACGUGCAGUUCAACAUCCUCAUCCCCCGACUCAAAUUUACUGCGUGUCCAAGCGACGUUACCAGGACGACGUCACUCCGACAACACCAUUCAACCACCAAGAAUUCUGGUAGCGCCCUCUAGCCCUGAAAAUAGCUUGUCACGAGGCCCUAGCGCAGGAAACGUGCAGAUGAGACGUCAUUCCAGUGCUAACCCCCAAGAUAUUAAGUUCCAGGUCAUUACGCCGAAGCCGAUAUCGACUGCUAGCCUGGGAAUUGACUACUUUGCAUCUGGGCGCGGCGCUAGACGUUACUCGGCUACUGCUCUUUACAACACUGUGGGUGGAGCAGGUUUAAGUCCCGCUGGCUCCUCUACUAGUUUACUUAAACAACUCGGAUCCGGAGUGCAACAGCUGUUUUCCAGCAAGUAAACAAACGCACGUGGCCAGCUGUCAGCCUGAAGACCAUGGCCAACACCAGGUGGUAUUUAAACGGGGAAUAAGGAAGAUAUAUCGGGUCAUGUAUCUUUGGAACAACACAAAUUGUAAAGAAUAAACAAAGCAAUAUAUCUGGUAUUUAAGAAGUGUUUUUGAUGUACUACAUAUCCACCUGUUACAAGGCUUCUUUACUUGACUUCUUCAAAUUUAAGUCUAUACAAUCACAAUAUUGCUGUGAAGCUGUGUGUCUUUGUUUUAGUGCCAAUCUUUACGCUAUUGAUCGUAUUAAUUAACAUUAUAAUUUACCUGUUCGUUGUACAUGUUCCCUAUGUAAAUAGUUAUCAACUUUAUUAGAUUUUUAGGGUUAAAUAUUAUUCAAUAUUACAAAAGCUAGCUUCUUUAAAUUUUGUUUCCCAGUUGUUGUUUUUUUUUGUUAUCGAUAAUAAUAGAAAAGAUGAGAACGAGAUAGAAAAUCACUGAACGAACCCGUUAUUAUUAAUCUUGAACGUCUUGAAUUAUGCAAACACUUGAUUGGUGAAUUACUACCGAUAUUUGUUACAUUUAUUACUGUGUGAGUGAGAGAAUUUUUAAAUUCAAAUGUUACCUCACAAGAUUUUUUGCGAUUGUAUUCCAAAGUAGUCAGAAUGAGCUCACUGACGUCACCAAAGUACAACACUGCUCGUUAUGUAAUGUGUAAUGUAAUGAGUGAUCUUAACUGUUGCUAGUUAUGAGAGUAUUUAUCACUUUAUCUGCUACCUAACCUAGUCCUCGACAGCCUCUACUACUCUUUAUCUGCUACCUAACCUAGUCCUCGACAGCCUCUACUACUCUUUAUCUGCUACCUAACCUAGUCCUCGACAGCCUCUACUACUCUUUAUCUGCUACCUAACCUAGUCCUCGACAGCCUCUACUACUCUUUAUCUGCUACCUAACCUAGUCCUCGACUACUCAUUAUCUGCUACCUAACCUCCUCAUUGACAGCCUCUACAUUAAACUUCCUAGGGGGGGACUCUUCCCCAAACUGGGAUACUACACAUUUACUCUGCACAGAUCAACAAGUUUCAAACCUUAUUUCCACUGUUAAUAAUAUUAUAAUCAAUAAUUAUUGUGAGAAUUAAAUACAAAAGUGUGCCGAAAUGACGAAAAAAAAAAGAAGAAUUAAAUGGGAGUUUCUAGUCUUUAGAACAUAUUUUCUGUUUAACUUCGUCUGUAUAAUGCACACGAAAGUUACUUUGUUUUGUAUGCUAGUUUUUCAUUGAAAUCUGCAUAUUUUAUGCAAGAAAAAUGACAAUUUAAGUUGAUUUUAAAAUGCUUUCUGACGAUCAUUUUAUUGGAUUAACAAGCUAUUAAUUUCACUUGUAUAUUGUAUGAACCUUGUUACAAACGAAACAGACUCGUUCAAACAUAUUUCGUACAUUGAGUAUUUAUUUUUAUGGUUAACUUUAAAACAGCUUUGGGUAAAAUGGUGAGACUUCUAAGCACCGUAGAUGCAAAUGUAUAAAAUUAACAAGUGAUGUUUGUUGACUGUUUUACAUGUCUUAAACCAGAGUUUACCCUGUCCAAGAUGGCGUGUUAUUUAGUGUUUAUUCUUCCCGCCAGUAUUGAAAAUUUGGCCAGUGUUCCAUUGUCAAUAUAUAUGGUGUUUGCAUUGUAUCCGAAAAAACGAUCAUUUUAAAUGUCUUUUGAAUGCAAAAUGUGUACUUUAUGCAAUAAGUUCUUGUUUAAGAAAUUGUCAAGAUAUUUAAUUGGUAAGGUGAACGUCAGAGCCAAAGGUCAAUACAGUUGUAAAUGUUCAGUGACAGUGAUUAAGGGUCAUAGAGGUAAAUGUAAAGUGGUCAAGAAUAAAGCCAAUAGUAUGUCCAUCGUCGGUUGUUAAGAUAAAGUGUGAAAUUAUGGGUUCAUUUUAUUUAUAUUAUGUAUAUUCAUUUUUCUACGAAUACUUCUAAUUACCUCUCAAAGUAACUUCAAUGAGUAUUUAAAGGACCCAAUAUCAAAAAGACUGCAGGAAUAAAACAGUAUUACGGAAUUAUUGUACACAGCCAAGACAUCCUCAGUAAAUCGAAUAUUUUAUGAAGUCCAGGCAAAAUCAAUACAUAGUCGUUUUAGUUAAACUUCGUUUGUUUAAACGCAAUGCUACAAAAUGGGCUACCUACGCUGUACCAACCACAAGGAUCGAAGCUCGAAUUUUAUUGUAAUAAGCCCUCAAGCAUGGACUGUUUGGUCGGUAAAUCCAAUGAAAUGUUAACCAAAUAACCGAUAGUUUAAUUUGUUACUUUUAAAGUUUGAACGAAAUGUAUUCUUUUAUUUUCAUUUCUAUUUACAAGAAACCGAACAAUUCUAGCCUCCAUAUUUACCCACACAGUGGGACAAAAGCUUUCCCAAGAAACGCUGUACUCCACUAAAUUGGGAUAUGUUAAAUUAUAAUUAAAUUUAAACAGAUAAAAAACUAAGUAGAAGCCAAUAACAGCUAUACAAAAAAAAAGUAUCCUUCCGCCAUAAAACCAGACUAAUUACUUUAUCACAGCGUCUUUAACAUUUAUAUUAUUAAUUAUCCCUCUUUCCGCGAGAGGGCGUAAUUGUCUAUUAUGAACCGGAAAUUAUUACAUUUAAUUGCUGUUGUAGUUUUUGACCUGGAGUUUGUCUCGGGAUUCGAUGAGUGUCCAAAGUUUUCUGAUGAAUAAACGCCCAGCUUAAGAGCGAUAGGCUUGUGAUUAUAUUUAAAUUAAGAGGCGUAUUUAUAUUUAAACUUUCUUCCACCCCUUUAUGGGAAGUAAAACUUCUGAAAGCAGGAAUGUGAAAUUCUGUAAAUUCAGUCUGCAAGACGUUAAAGUCACACUUCGGUUUACACAAACCUGAUAUGUUGGUUAACGUGUCGAACUGCGAAUCCGAUAGUCCAUGGUUCGCGUCCCUUUGCCGUAAGUCACGCUCCUAACUUUGGGACAGUGAGUGCGUUAUAAAAGUGACGAUCAAAUCCCACUAUUCAAAUUAGAGUAGUCCAAGAGUUGGGGGUGAGUACCGAUGUCUAGCUGCUUUCCCUCUAGUCUAAUUUAUCACUUCAAAAAUUAGGGACGUCAAUGCGCAGAUAGCCACUUAUGUAGUUCUGCGUGAAUAUCUAAUCCAAACAAACAAGCAUUAACACAUUACAGUAAAGGAUGAUGUGGAAAAAAAACGGCUCAGAAUGACGAAUGAAAUACUGAAAACGUUUUUUUUUCUUCUUCAAGCACAUAUUUCACGAAAUGAACCUUGGUGUGUAAUAGCAAUAAAUUAACUUUCUGUGUUAGUGUUUUAUACGUACAAGAUUACAGACUUUUUUUUGUGUUUUGAGCUUUAACGUUUACUGCAAGUCGAAUUGCUCUUUAAGUAUGAAAGCAAGUGAAAUGCAGAUGUUAUAACAUAUAUUUAAUUAAUGUUUUAGUACGCACCUUCCGUUUUGACAAACAACUUCUGUGCACUCACUGGUAAGAC